AUGUCGUCCACCCCCGAUUUCAACGGCUGGGUCGCCCAUGACCCCUCUGCCGCCGAGGGCAACAUGAAGUGGGGCAACUUCGAGCCCAAGGCUUUUGAGGAGACCGACAUUGAGAUGGAGAUUUCCCACUGCGGUGUCUGCGGUUCCGACAUUCACACCCUCCGCUCCGGCUGGGGUCCUUCAGACUACCCUCUCGUCGUUGGCCACGAGAUCAUUGGUCACGUCACCAAGGUCGGAAAGGAUGUCAAGGACCUCAAGGUUGGCGACCGCGUCGGUGUUGGCGCUCAGUCUGAGUGCUGCGAGAGCUGCCGCCCUUGCAAGAUGAAGCAGGAAUCCAACUGCAACUCUCUCACCAUGACCUACAACGCCAAGCACUCGAAUGGCGACAAGUCGUACGGUGGUUACGCCAAGGCAUGGCGUGGACCUGCUUCUUUCGCUAUUCCGAUCCCCGAGGGUCUCCCCUCUGAAUUUGCCGCCCCGCUCAUGUGCGGUGGUGUCACCGUCUACAACCCCCUCGUUUCCAACGGUGCCGGACCCGGCAAGCGCGUCGGUGUCGUUGGUGUCGGUGGCCUGGGCCAUUUCGCUCUUCUCUUUGCCAAGGCUCUCGGCGCCGAUGAGGUCGUUGCUAUCUCCCGCUCAUCUUCCAAGAAGGAGGAUGCCAUCAAGCUCGGCGCCGACCGCUUCAUCGCUACCGGCGAGGACCCCGACUGGGCGAUCAAGAACGCCAACGGUCUCGACUUGAUCAUCUCGACCAUCUCCGGCUCCUUCCCGCUCGACCAGUACCUCAACCUGCUCGACGUUAAUGGCACAUUCGUCCAGCUCGGUGCGCCCGACGACCCGCUCCCCAGCUUCUCUCCCAUGGGCUUGAUCUUCAAGAACCUCAAGAUUGCCGGCUCCUUGAUCGGCACCAGGCAGCAGAUCCGCGACAUGUUGGAGUUGGCCAAGAAGACCAACCUCCAGGCUUGGGUUCAGGUCAGGCCUAUGAGCGAGGCCAACCAGGUUAUCGUCGAUUUCGAGAAGGGCCUGCCCAGGUACAGGUAUGUUCUUAAGAACUAG